AUUUGCCAAUUCAUGAUAGUGUUAUUCAAAAUGACCUAAAACUCGUCCAGAAAAAUUGUGUUGUUUUUAAGGCGAUCAAGGAGAACGUGAAUCUUCUCAAUCAGCAUGGUUUUGCCCCCUUGCACUUGGCCAUCAUCCACGACGUGGACCUCGAAAUCAUCAAAGUCCUCCUCAACCACGGCGCUAGUGUUUCAAUCUCAGACCCCGAGGGCAACACCAUGCUCCACCUGGCCAUCGAGCACCGCUGCUUACACAUACUUAGAGUCCUCCUCAACAAAUCCAAACCCUCUGACAUCGACUCACUAAACUACGAGGGUUUCACGCCUCUAAUCUUAGCCUCUUUGGCCCAAUCGUACCAAAGCGCCGAACUUUUGCUCCUACAUGGAGCCGAUCCGAACAUAAAAGAUAUGAAAUCGGGCCGGACGGCCCUUUUUCACGUCGCCGAGUGUCACGAUGUUGAUUUGGUCGAGCUUUUGAUUCGACAUGGCGCUGAUACGAAAAUUCGGAACUUUUUCAGGACCAGUCCACACGAUGCUAUGUUUGAAGUUGAGGAAAUACCGAUGAAAAUCAAGUAUUGUAUAUUAGGGAAGGACCAUCAAAGGUUCCAAGGCAAGAAGAAAGCCGAUGUGAAACUCGAGGUUCCGAUCAAGAAGGCCAAGCUGGAGACCACGCCCAUUUUGAGGAAAGUGACAACAAAUGAUUUGCAAGGGAUCAAGUAACACGUUUUUUGUGUA